UUUCUCCCUCACCUGCGACCCCCCGAUCUCUUUGUCUAGUUUAAAUCGUGAGAACCGGACAGAGAUUGAGAACGAAAAUCUUAUCUUCAUGAAAUCUAAUCGAUCUACUGAUGAUGUUAAUGGUGAGAACCGGACAGAGAUUGAGAACGCAAAGCUUAUCUUCAUGAAAUCUAAUCAACCUACUGAUGAUGUUAAUGGUGAGAACCGGACAGAGAUUGAGAACGAAAUGCUUAUCUUCACGAAAUCUAAUCGACCUACUGAUGAUGUUAAUGGUCUCCGAAAUGAUGGAAAGAUAGGACAUCAUGAUUCAAGCGUUUUUGGCUAUUCAUCCAUCUUUGCUGCUGCCGCAAGCAACUUUGCUGAAAACAAGCUAGGAGAAGGAGGGUUUGGGCCGGUUUAUAAGGGGAAAUUGGCGAUGGGACAAAAAAAAGCUGUGAAGUGGCGUAGAAUGCUUUUCUUCAAGAAAUCUAAUCGACCUACUGAUAAUGUUAAUGGUCUCCGAAAUGAUGGAAAGAUAGGACAUCAUGAUUCAAGCGUUUUUAGCUAUUCAUCCAUCUUGGCUGCCACAAGCAACUUUGCUGAAGAAAACAAGAUAGGAGAAGGAGGGUUUGGGCCGGUUUAUAAGGGGAAAUUGGCGAUGGGACAAGAAAUAGCUGUGAAGAGGCUUUCGAAACGUUCAGGGCAAGGAUUAUCAGAAUUCAAGAAUGAACUGAUACUUAAUGAACUCCAACAUACAAACCUGGUUCAUCUUUUCGGAUUUUGCAUUCAUGGCGAAGAGAAGAUGUUGAUAUAUGAGUAUAUGCAGAACAAAAGUUUGGAGCACUUUUUAUUUGAUCCAACCAGAGGUCGACUACUAGAUUGGAAGAAGCGUUUUAGCAUUAUCGAAGGAAUUGCUCAAGGGUUGCUUUACCUGCACAAAUACUCAAGAAAGAAAGUAAUUCAUAGAGAUUUAAAACCUAGUAACAUACUACUUGAUGAAAACAUGAACCCAAAAAUUUCAGAUUUUGGUUUGGCAAGGAUUUUCACCCAAAAUGAAUUGGAAGCAAACACUAGCAGGAUUGUCGUGAACCCAAAAAUUUCAGAUUUUGGUAUGGCAAGGAUGUUCACCCAAUAUGAAUUGGAACCAACCACUACCUUGACUACCAGGAUUGCCGGGACAAUGAGUUACAUGGCUCCAGAGAACAUACUUGAGGGAAUUAUUUCUGUAAAGUCUGAUGUCUACAGUUUCGGGGUAUUGAUGCUUGAAAUCAUAAGUGGAAGGAAAAUCAACAGCUUUUACAAUGAUGAUCGCGCACUCAAUUUAGUAGGAUAUGCAUGGGAGUUGUGGAAAGAAGGUGCAGGGCUAGAAUUAAUGGAUCCAACAUUAGGAAAUUCGUUUAUUGAAGAGCAACUGUUAAGAUACAUCCAUGUCGGUCUGCUUUGCGUAGAAGAAAAUGCAGCAGAUCGGCCUACCAUGUCAGAUGUCAUAUCUAUGUUGAUUAAUGAAAGCUUACCAUUAGCAUCACCAACAAAGCCAGCAUUUUGUGUUGGAAGGAGAACGGUGGAGAGUCAGACUGGUAUAAAUUGGAGUCAGCAACUUGAAAUGGAGAGUCAGACUGGUAUAAAUUGGAGUCCGCAACUUGAAAUGGAGAGUCAGACUGGUAUAAAUUGGAGUCAGUAACUUGAAAUUGUUACUUCAGCAAACUACACGUCCAGUUCUGAUUUUGAAGCAUUUUAAUUGAAGGUAAAAAUCAUAUUUGUAUUGCCUCAACUAAGUGUUUUGCUUCUGCUUAAUUUAAAAGACUCUACUCGACUAAUUAGCAUCACUCAAACCACUCUCGCAAAUUGGUAUGUGUCCUGGGAAGAUCAAUAAAUUAACGGGACGCUGUUUUUGUAAAUGUAGAGGGUAUGCAUCAACUGUAGUUGGCUGAUGACUUUUGGCACCUUUCAAGAUACUUGAGAAGUUUAAAAGUUUAGCUAGUAGUGGUACCCGUUUGUUGCCGCAGGUUAGAAAAUUGUAUGAAGUAUUGUAUUCUUUAUGCCACAAAGGUUUCAAAAUUUUAGUAAGCAAAAGUUUUAAUUUAUGUAUUCUACAUA